GGUCAAUAGCACUGCACCCCGCAGGCUUGCGAAACUUCGAACGGGUGUUCUCCAGCCAGUCACUGGCCAUAUCUCCCAAAUGGGCUUCUUUACAGGGUUUGCGAGUGGAUUCGCCCUGACCACGACCGUCCUCUACCUGACCGUGCAAGUCCAUCGGUACAACCGUCUCGAGCAACGCAACGCAAUCCGCGACCAGACCCGCGCGUUGACCUGGCUGGCCUCGUCGACCGGCGCCUACGAUCGCCGCUUGAUCCCCAGCGAGACCGAGAAGCUACAGGAGCUGCCGCCCAAACGCACCCAGCCGACGCUGUCCGAGUUACUCAAGCACCGCUGGAACACAGAGGUGGAGACCUUGGCGAACAAGGCCUACGAGGCUAGCUGGGAGGACGUGCGGGAUAUGGCGGUGGAAGGGUGGAGCUCGGCCACGAGGCUGGUGAAGAACGAGUAGAGGGGGUGUGGAUGUGGUUUUUGUUAGAAGGGGUUUUGAUUUUGUUAUGUGUGUCAUGCUUGGGCUUGUAUGAUAUCGGUAGUGGUUCGUGUCUCUG